CAUACAAUGGUAGGUUGGAUACGAAUUGAUGUUGUGUGAACUUCACUACCUGCUCUCAGUUUACCAACAGGAAAGCUUAACUGAUAACAACGCCACCUAUGACGUUUCCAAAGGGUCGGUUACAGAUAAAACUGCAGGAAUGCCAAAUCUAAAUAGAGGCGAAAGAAAAUCUAGGAAACAAUAUGAAGCAGAACACCCAUUUUACGCUGAAGUGAACGAAGUGACUUCUCCCGAACCUUACAAACGCUUUCUUGACUCAAAUCCUGCAACAAAAAGGUCGGCGAACGUAAAAUUACAUAGAAACGUCGCCUUGGAAGGAUCAGCAUCGCCAGAAGGAAUAGAAUACUCUACUAACAAGCAAUUUUGUACUCACGAGUAUUCAGCUCCUUCUAACGAAGCAAUAUUGCAAGGACAACCGGUUACUGAAGAGAAAAAGUCAUUGCGACAGUUGCGAGGAAACGGAACUGAGGAACACUUUGGCCGCCGAGAAAGUUUUCUUGGUGAGUGUAACCAACGCACUAAGGAAAGCGACGUCGAUUUUGAAGAACUUUUGACUUCAAUGCAGCUACAACUGAAGAAAACGCAAACACGAUUGGCACAAACGGAAUCUACACUUAGUUCUCUCCAGGUAGAAUACGACAUCCUUAGUAAUUCGUUUGAGUCGGCUUCUCAAGAGGUUGAAAGACUACAAGCAGAAAACUCCGAACUGCGUGAAAAAUUCAGCAAACUAAUAUCUACAAAAGAUAACAUACCAUCGGUAACCGAAAGCGAGAAUGUGUACCGAUGGAGGACUUUGUUUCAAAAAGCUGUGAAGAAGCUUGCGGAAGAGAGGCAGUCUAGAGUGCAAGCCGAAACUGAAAAGAAACGAGCACUGAAGGAGCUUGAGAUUUUUGAAGAAGAUAUCAUGAAACGGUUUAUCGCGCUUCGUGAUCAAGCAAAGAGUAGAGUUAAAGAAAUGAAAGCAUGGACCAAUCAGAUGGAACAGAUCAGAGAGCUUCUUGAGACGUUACCCCCCAAGUUAAGAACUGCCCACCCGUGUUCCAACGAGAAACCAAAGCUGUUACACAGUCAAGCUACAGGAUACAGAGAACACCUGAACGGAAAUAACAAGGAAAGCAAGCCAGCGAAGUACUACAACUCAAAUACAGCAAAGUCACGAGAUGUAGGAAACACUGAGACUGACCACGUUGAGGGGAGUACGUUGAAUAGAGUCGAAGAGGAACUUGCCUCGGGGCACGAGACGGAAGGAAGACUACUCGAGCACUGGCGAGCUGAUGCUCAGAGGCUUAUUGAAAACUUUCAGUUGUUUCAAGAGGAGAAUUUGUUGCAGCUGACUUCCCAGUCAGAGCGUCCUGAAAGACUAAAAAAAAGAGAGUGCCGUUACCGAUAAUAUUUUGUGUUUUUUAGAAUAAUGCGAGUCUAUUUUUGCUAUGAAUCCCACCUUGGCUUCGAAAAGUUGUCAAACUGACGUACUAUCUAUGUUCUUGUUUUAUACUCUGGCGCUUUUGCUGUAUUCAUCAUCGGCACUCGCUUUUUACUGCUGACUAAAAAUCCUCCGAGGAUUACAGUAAUGUUUCUGUAGAUUACUGAAUAAUUGUAAA